AUGGAUCCUAUUUCAGCAUCAAACCAGCGUCACUCCCUCCCACCUCCUUUCCAUACCCGUGAUUUCUCUCUUCAACCUCACCAAUUCCACCACCUAAACGAUGACGAGCAAAGCGCGACUACACCCGACUUCAAUCAAGAUCAAUCCAACGGUGGUGGAGGAAACGACCUCUCAAACGAAGGCGGAAGUGGCGGCGAUGGAGUCGGAAACGGCACCGGAGAGAUGAUAUUGCAUCGACCAAGAGGUCGACCAUCUGGGUCUAAGAACAAACCAAAACCACCCAUUAUAAUCACGAGGGACAGCGCGAACGCACUUCGAACGCACGUUAUGGAAGUGGCUGAUGGGUGCGAUAUCGUCGAGAGCGUUAACUCUUUCGCGCGGAGGCGACAACGCGGAGUUUGUGUCUUGAGCGGUACAGGUAUUGUCACUAAUGUGACGCUCCGACAACCUGCAUCGCCAGGAGCUGUCGUGACACUAAACGGACGGUUCGAGAUACUCUCACUUGCGGGAUCGUUUUUGCCACCACCAGCUCCUCCAGCCGCCACCGGCCUGACUAUAUAUUUGGCCGGUGGGCAGGGACAAGUGGUGGGAGGUGGUGUGGUUGGGAUAUUAACGGCUGUUGGCCCGGUUGUAAUAAUGGCAGCGUCAUUUAGUAACGCGGCUUACGAAAGGCUACCAUUGGAAGAGGAUGAUAUCGCGGGUGGUGGGAAUAUGCAAGGAGGGGGGUCGUUGGGAUCUCCGGGAGGGGGACAACCGCCCUUGAUAGGGCACGAUCCUACGCUUUUUCAUGGGAUGUCGGCACCUGCGAAUCUUUUGAAUUCGAUUCAGAUGCCGAACGAGGCGUAUUGGAAUGGUGGUAGGCCACAAUUCUGA